AUGACGAAAAGUAAUCGAAAUCGUGUGUCUAACAAAAGAGAUAAAUUCAGGCCCCAUGAUAAAUAUGGUAAAAAACUGAAGAAAGAAAAGCCUCAAAACGGCCUUUAUCAUUAUAAACUCUCCAGACUUCAUGAAAAUGAAGGAAUAAAAGAGAAGGAAUUAUUAAAUACGUGUAAAAAUGAAUUAUCAACAACAAAGACAUUCCAAUAUUACUCUAAGGAAAAGAAAGAAGAUGUGCCUGAUAUUAUUAAGGGCCAAAUAAGCACGCUUGAAGACUCUCAGAUGGCGGAAUUCUCGGAUAUUAUUAAUGAAAUAACCGAAGUUUUAAAUCAAUAUAUUGAUGGAAAAGAAAUGAACGGUUCACAACUUUAUUCAGAGAGAUAUGAUAAUACAAGUUCAAAAGAUCAAAAACUCAGUUCGAAUACAUUUUAUCUCCCUUAUAUUAUGACACCAAUCACAAAUUUUAAUAUCCCUUUUCAUAAUCUGAAGUGCCCUGUGCCGCCUCCAAUCCAACAACUCACACCUUAUUAUGAGCAACCACCAAUCCAGCACUCCAUACCUUAUUAUGAGCACCCGCAAAUCCAACAAUUUAUAUCUUAUAAUGAACAAUCACUAAUCCAACAUACCGAAUCGCUUAUGGGGCCCCCAAUCCAACAACUCUCACCUUAUUUUGAGCAACCAUUAAUCCAGCACUCCUUACCCUAUUAUGAGCAACCUCAAAUCCAACAAUCCAUAUCUUAUGAUAAACAACCACUAAUUCAACAUACCGAAUUGCAUGUGAAGCCUCCGAUCCAACAACUCCCACCUUAUUAUGAGCAACCGCUAAUGCAGCAUUCUAUACCUUAUUAUGAGCAACAUCAAAUUCAACAAUUUAUAUCUUAUGAUGAACAACCACUAAUCCAACAACUUACACCUUGUUAUGAGCAAUCUCAAAUUCAACAUAUCAUACCUUAUUAUGUCUUAUAA